UUAUUAUUACCUCUUCUUUCACUUUCUCUAAUCCAACUGAACACCCUUAAACUUUUGUCCUUGCUUUUUUUUCACCUGUAAGCUUUUGGCUGCCAUUCUUCUUUCCCAACUUUGCAGCCCAAUACAGAUAUAUAGGCUUGAAAUAAAACAGCUUCUUCUGCAUUUACUUAUUGAACCUGUUUGGCAGGUGGGAAAGGAAGAGUACUUGGAUAGAAACAUGGCUGGAAAAUUUGGAAAAUGUAUGAUGUUGUGUUGUUCUGGAAAAGUCUCGGCCUCAACAAGCGAGCUUUUCGUGUGCACGAGUGAGCUCCUUUUAAGCUAAUUCUCUUCCCUUCUCAAAAGCCCAACCAGAAUCCUCUCAGUCUCGGGCUCUUGCACACUCUCACAGAAAAAGCAGAAGGAAGAAGACAUGGCAAACGAUUCAUACGAGGAAGCCGUUGCAGGACUGUCCAAGCUUCUCAGUGAGAAAGCUGAACUCGGGGGCGUCGCCGCCGGAAAAAUCAAGCAGUUGACGGCGGAGUUAGAGGCGGCCUGUUCACAUGGCUGUAACCCGUACGACAGGAUAAAAAGCGGAUUUAUCCAUUUCAAGACAGAGAAAUUUGAGAAGGAUCCCACUCUGUACGGUGCCCUAGCCAAAGGCCAAAGCCCCAAGUUUAUGGUAUUUGCUUGCUCAGAUUCUAGAGUUUGCCCUUCUCAUAUCCUCAAUUUCCAACCAGGAGAGGCCUUUAUGGUCCGCAACAUUGCUAACAUGGUCCCACCAUAUGAUAAGACAAAGUACUCAGGAGCCGGAGCAGCUAUUGAAUAUGCGGUGCUGCAUUUGAAGGUUGAGCAUAUUGUGGUUAUUGGCCACAGCUGCUGUGGUGGGAUAAAGGGGCUCAUGUCUAUCCCAGAUGAUGGGACCACUGCUAGUGAAUUCAUAGAAAAUUGGGUUCAAAUCGGUUCGACCGCAAGGACCAUUGUUAAGAAAGGCUGCAGUGACUUAAGUUUUGAAGAGCAAUGCCUCACCUGCGAAAAGGAGGCUGUGAAUGUAUCACUGGGAAAUCUGUUGACAUAUCCAUUUGUGAGAGAAGGACUACUGAAGAAAACUCUGAGUGUGAAAGGUGCACACUAUGAUUUUGUAAAGGGAAGUUUUGAGCUGUGGGAUCUUGAUUUUAAGGUUACAACUUGUGUAGUUGCAUGAGCUCUUCUUGCAACCCUUCUUCUAUUUCACAUAUAAAAGUUUCUUUCUUGUCAUAAGAUCAAACUGUGCAUGGCUGCCUUCAUUGUAAUUUAAUUUCAGUUCAUUACCCUAUAAAAAAAUUUAAAUAUUUAUUAAA